AUGCCCCCGUAUAGAAUGGAUAGAAAAUCUGCUAGAAUAAAAGCAGAGUUAGAAAGAUAUGGUUGGAAAGUUUCGAAGAAUUUUAAAUAUAGGAAGGGAAGACCCAUAAAAGUCUAUGACAAAUUGUCUGGUCUUCGCUACGAAAUGGAAUUGGAAACAGCACGCGCAAAUUAUCCAAACAGACUAGAGAGGUUAGAAGAAGAACGUCUUAUGGACAUGCCUUUCGAUGUUUCUGAACCGCAAGUUGAAGGACACGACGGCUUUGCCAGAUUCUAUUGGAAACAUGACGAACAAUUGCAUCCUUUGAGAAGGAAAAAAGGAAAAGGUGAAGACAAACAUGCUCCCAUGGAAAGAACAAGAUAUGCAUAUGAAAAGUACCGUGAAGUUAGAAGUCAAAUUACAUCUGGUCGAACCUUUACAGUAAACUUUGACGAAGGAAAGAACAAAGAAGGCUUCAUGGGUGUACUUGCUGCCAUACAAGACGGAAAUAAGAAAGGAUACAAUCUCAGACUAACCAUAACAGAUUUGGACGGUCACAUUUACUAUGCACAUGGCAAUGUCACAACAGCCGCACAACUUCUUGACGCUUUCAAGACUACAAAGAGAGAACAAAUGUUUGACUCCGACUCAGAUAUUUUGAAUGCAAUUGAAGGAAUUGCAAGUGUCAAGUUCGAAUGGUACCAACCUAACCCUCAAGCAGUCAGACAACAUGCUGGAUACUUCCCGUUCAUAAAUAAGUCUGACAUUGACUUGACAAGGUAUGGAAUUUACAAUUCAAUUGAAACAAUUGUCAAUGAACCUUGCAUUCUUACAUGUCUCAGGAACUCUGGUCUUGUUACAGAUGAGAAAAUGAAGUAUCUUGAGUCAU